GUUAGAAUUACGAUUAUGCGAAUUUUACGCGAUCACCGUUUUGCAAUGUUGUGGGCGUAAAUUUUGUAAAAUGAUUUUCUGAAUUGUUUUGAAAGUGAUUCCCGUUUAAUAAAUCAAAAAUGUUUAAAAGACUUUUAAAGAAGGACACGGAAAAGCCUUCAGCACGGUCAGGCAUUUUCCAAGAUUCUAACACAGAAGCUCAGGGAUUUUUGUGUCCAACAUGUAUGAAAAACUUGCCAUCAGCUGAAGCAUUGCAGAAACAUUUUGAUACAGAACAUAAUGCGUCUGCACCUACUGCAGAUUCAGGGGAAGGAUUUGUUUGUCCUAUGUGCCGCAAGUCACUUUCCUCACCAGAAGAUCUCCAAAACCAUUAUGAGGAAGCACAUGAACAUAAGGGAUCAGAAAACAGGGAUGGUGAUGUGUUUGCACUACGGAGAGAGAUUGAAGAGUUGAGAAAAGCACUGGCAGAUCAGGGUGGUAGGCAGGGAAAGAAAUCUUCUAAACCAUUGUCAGAGGAGGAUAUAGAUGAACUGGAAAUGAUGAAGCUCCAGCUGAAAGGGUCAGAAGAAGCAAGAACCUUGUUGGGAUCUGAGGUGCACCAUUUACAGACAAAAAAAGCUAGCCCAGCCACGGUGAAUGCCAAAGCUAAAGCAGAUGAAUAUGAAGGUCAGAAAAGUGCACUAGAAGAUCACCUGAAAUCCCUGAAGGAGCAGAUAGAGGCAAAGGAACGUUAUGCACAGAGCCUGGAGACUCAACUUACACAGAGACCAGGCACAGAAGAUGUUGUUGUGUUAAAGAAAGAGUUGAUAUCAGUGCAGACGUUAAUGGACAAGGUGGCACUGGAACAGGAGAGAGAGAAGGAGGCUGUACAACAGAAAUGUGAUCAACUUAAAAAAACAAAUAUCUCUACAGCAAUAUUUGAUACUUCGUCUACUGCCUGUUUACCUCUGUCAGAAGAAGAGAUAACAAAGUUAAAGGAUGACCUUGCUAAAGCACCUAAAGAAGAUGAUAUUAAAAGUAUCAGGACCAGAUUAGAAAGUUGGAAAGCAGAUUUGGAGAAAUCUCCACGGUUGGACAAUUAUGCGAGACUGGAGACGUCAUUACAGAAGGCAGAAGAACAGUUAAAAAUAUACGAGUCUCAAACAACGUCUAAAGAUACUGAGGUUAAAGCUCUACUUGAGAAACAAGGACAGGGGCAGGAGAAGAGUGAACCCUUAAAUGUAGGUAGAAAGAAGGAAAAAUUGUUGGCCCCAGAAGAAAGAAAGAUGGAGACCAAGAUGGAAUAUAGGGACAAAAAAGAAUACAACACUGGUAACAUGCACGGAUGGGAAUAUCAGGCUUUUGGGUACCUGUUAAACAGAACCUUAUUGUCAAUAGAAGCAGGUGAAGGUGUAGAAACAGCAAUAAACCAGCUCAAAGAUGAAAAGGCAGAGUUGUUGUUGGCAUCAGAGGCAGCUAAGGCAAGCCAGAGGGCUGAUCUGGAGGACCAUAUAAAAACAGCACAAAAUAGCCUCGAGGAGAAAAAAUCAGAACUAAAUAGAGUACAGCAACAACUAGGGAAGGUCAGUCCUAUAUAUUUAUAUUUGGUCUUACUGUGGAAAGUGUCCAAGCUUGAAGAGUUACAACAACAACAUUCAGCAGUACAAGAAGAUUUGAAAUCCACGCAAAGUACAUCAGAAGAAAGACGUUUAGAGCUUUUGCAAGUACAGUUAGAUUUUACACAGCAUAAAGAAUCUAAGGAGAGUGAAAUAAAUUCCAUGAAAGAAACAAAUACUAAAUUAGAAGAGAAGAAUGUGAGCACUGCUGAAAAACUCAAAGCAAAGAAACUGGAAUUAGAGACAUUGAAAGAGUCCCAUGAAGAGGUCAAACUGUUACUGUCACAAACUAACAAACAGGUGGAUGAAUACAAGUCCCAGUCAGAAGAACUGGAAAGUAAUCUUGAAAAGGAAAAAUUGGAUCAUAAAAAUGAGAAGCAAAAACUGGAAGCUGAGGUGGCAGCACACAUGAUGGAGAAAUUUGAGUCAGAGAAGAAAGUGUUAACAGAGCAACAACAACAGAAACAGUCUGAAUGUGAUAAGUUGAAGACUAACUUACAGGAAGUACAAAAAACAUUAGAGGACACCCAGGAAAAGUUAAAGGUGACAGAGAAAGAGCUGUCAGAAAAGCUGAAAGAGUUAAGUGUUAGUGAGGAAGGUAAGAAUAAAAGUAACACUGAGGUUGGUGAGCUUCAAGCCAAGUUUACUGCCACUACUGCUGAUCUUAAACAAACUAAAGAAGAGUUGAAUACUCUCACAAAAGAUGCUCAAUCCUUAAAGGAUAACUGUGAAACUUCAGAAACUGAGGCGAUCAAGUUAGAGGCGAACUAUUACUGGAGCUCAAAGGAAAAGACAGAGCAGUUUAAUCAGCUUUGCAAGGAGAAAACGAAAUGUAAACUAGUCGUUCGCAAUGCAAUGAAUGCUCAGAUGGUGAAAUUGGAUGAAGAGCUUCAGGAAGCUAGAUCAGGCAGUGAAGAACUGAAGAAAUACAAGGAAGUUACUGAACCUGAAUUAGAGGGGUUGAAGAAGACUAGCUCUGAAUUAAAGGCUAUGAAUGAGUCGUAUGAAUCAGAUAUUCAGAACCUUAAAGCCAGCCUUGAUCAAGAGAAAAAAGAAAGGCAUCAAGAAGUUUCGGCACUUGAAGAAGCAAAGGGAAUUCUUAUAACACAAAAGGUUGAAGUGCAGAAUCAACUAGAUGGAAUGGAAGAUAAAAUAAAACAGGCAGAAGAUGCUGUCCAAGAAGCAAAGAGUAAUUCAGCCAAUGUUCAGCAGAUGUUAAGGGAAGAAAACUCAGGACUACAAACAAAGCUGGAUGACAGGGAGAAGAAAUGUGGUGAGUUAGAGAGACAGCUAGAAGAGGAGAAUGCCAGAACUGAAAUGCAGCUAUCUGUUCUCAAUGAGAACCUAGGAACAGUGAGGGUAGAUCUUGUCACAGCUCAACAACAAGUUUCAGAACUUACUAAACUAACAGAUGAAUUAAAGGGAGAGAAAUUAGAACUGGAAGCUAAGCUUGAGAAUAGUAAUGAUGAAAGAAGACUCUUGUUAGAUAGGUGUGUCAAGAGUGAAGGAGAGUGUGAAAAGUUACAACAAAAAUCUCUAGAUUUAAAACGUAAAGUAGAUGAUAUGACCACUGCUCUACAUGAGAUGGGUAGAGAGAAUCAAUCACUUCAGAUAACAACAACAAAAGUACAGAGUCGUAAGUGGGCAGAUGACAGUGAAGUGAAAGAUUGCAUGGCUUGCAGUAAAAAGUUCUCUGUUACAGUAAGAAGGCAUCACUGCAGGCACUGUGGCAAUAUAUUCUGUAACGAGUGUUCCUCAAGGGAAGCCAAGAUAGCCAUGUCUAAAAAACCAGUACGCGUUUGUGAUAACUGCUACAUAGACCUUGUCAAAGAUUGAUUCAUCAAUGUACACCAGUAAUGAUAAUUUGAAAGGACUGAAUUAUAAAUGUAGCAAGGAUUGAUUCAUCAAUGUUAAACAGUUGUGAGGCAAGAACUGAAUCAUUGAUGUACACCACUAAUGAUAAUUUGCAAGGAUUGAAUCAUCAAUGUACAACAGUUAUGAGGCAAGGAUUGAUUCAUCAAUGUUCACCAGCUAUGAGACAAAGAUUGAUUCAUCAAUGUACAGCGGUUGUUAGGCAAGGACUGAUUCAUCAAUGUACGUCAGUAAUGGUAAUUUGCAAGGAUUGAAUCCUCAAUGUAAAACAGUUGUGAGGCAAGAACUGAAUUAUCGAUGUACAGGAGUUCUGAUAAUAAUCUGGGCUAUUUUUAUCACAGUUGUUGCCAUAUAUAGAUCCUGUAAAAGCUAUGUUAUGCCAUACAUUGUCUAUCAUUUGCUAUGAAAUUACUCUAAGCCGCUUUAAUCCCAUUACAAGCACAUUUUAUCUUUACCUUUUGUAUAAUCUGUUCAUAUGCUACCAUUUAUGUCAUAGAUAUUUUCCUGAAAAUAUUGUUAUUAUCUUAUUAUUAGACAAUUAUAGGCCUAUAAAUAAAAUGGAAGAGAUUGGUUGCCUAAAAUAAACAAAUUAUGAGAUAUUUCUGUUUUUAAUAUAAAAAAAUUCUUAAUGUCUGAUUGGAGAGGUCAAAAUAUUUGAUAAUGAAUAGGUCAGACGUUUAUGUUUUAACUUCACAUUGUAUUAAGUAAAUUGCUUAAUAUUGACACUUUAAAUGGCAAUUUAUUUGUCAGGGUAUUGUAUGUUUACUUUUAUCUUCAGUAAUUUACUGUAUCAUGUAAAUUCUAUGUCUGGUUUAUUCUUAGAAGUAUUAAAAAUAUCAAAGUGAAACCGAGUAAAAUGGGCAAUUUCCGAAAAGGUUGUAAUAUAGAUGUCACUGUUAUGUAACACACAUGAAUAUUGUAUGUAAAGAGAAUAAAAUGU